AUGCAUGCCCACAAGACCCUCCGACAACUCAGCCUUGGCUCGAGCUUUACUCGUUCUCAGCGAGGACGUACGUGUGACUCAUCCCAUCGUCGUUUUGUGACAUCCGCUGUCACUUCAUCAAUUGACAGGUCUAACACAAUUGGCUUUAUCGGCCUCGGGGCCAUGGGCGGUCAUAUGAUUACCAACCUCAUUUCAAGGUACCAGAGCCCUGCCAGCGGAAAGAAGGUCGGCUUCGCAUUGUGUGAUGUGAACCAGGCCGCGGUGGACAGCAUCAUUAAACGCCAAAACCCUGAGCAUCCCGACGUGCCUCUCAUUAGCUGCUCAACGCCUUACGAUGUAGCACAGAAGGCUUCUAAAAUUAUCACAAUGGUCCCCACCGGAAAGCAUGUCCAGGAAGUAUACGUCGGUCAAGGCAAAAGUGUUCUGAGUGCUCUCAAAGACAUGAGUCAAGACCAACGCACCGAUACUCUUUGCAUCGAUCAGUCAACCAUCGAGCAAAGUGUCAGCAAAGCGGUUGCCCUGCAACUACGACAGGUUGGGGCAGAUCUGGUGGACGCCCCAGUUUCAGGAGGCGUCGUUAGUGCAGAAAAGGGAACAUUGGCCAUCAUGGUAGGAGGGUCCAAGACCUCCUACCAUCGCUCGGUCCCCGUCCUUGAAGCUAUGUCUCGCAAGGUCACGUAUUGUGGUGACCUCGGAGCUGGACUUGCCGCUAAGAUCUCUAACAAUCUCCUACUUGGUAUCACGAUGCUUGGCCUAAGUGAGGCGAUGCUACUGGGAAAAAGACUCGGAGUUGAUCCGCAAGUCCUUGCUGAUAUCAUUAACAACUCUACUGGGCGAUGCUGGUCUAGUGAGAUCAAUCACCCCGUUCCUGAGGUCAGGGCUGGAGACGCUAGCCCUCCAGCUCAUCGAAGGUACGAGGGCGGCUUCGUAACCAAGCUGGCGCACAAGGAUCUUGCCCUCGCGGUAUCGGCCGCUGCAGAGGCCAAUGUCCCUCUCGCGGUUGGAAGAUGCGUUGAGGAGACGUAUAGACCAUUGGCCAAGUCUAAGGAGUUUGGAGACCGCGACUUUAGUGUCAUAUACGAGGCUCUUGAUACCUUGGGCUCUACCAAGGUGUAA